AUGGAUCCGGCGUUGUACAAGGCGGCGACGCGAGGGAACGUGGCGAGGCUGAGGGAGCUGGUGGAUCCGGAGGGCCCCAGUAUCCUCAGCUCCAGGACGCCCCAGUUCCACACGGUGCUCCACCUCGCCGCCCUGCACGGCCACGCCGACUUCGCCCUCGAGGUCCUCGACAUGAACGGGGAGCUGCUCGUCGCCCAGAACUGCGACGGCGACACCCCGCUGCACCUGGCGGCCAAGGCAGGCAAGCUGGAGGUGGCGGCGCUGCUCGUCAACCUCGCCCUGGCCUGGCCGCAGGACCAGUGGAGCCCCCUGGUCACGGCCAACGAGAAGGGCAACACCCCGCUGCACGAGGCGGUGCGGCACCACAGGAUCCCCGUGGCGCUGGCCGUGCUGGACGGCGACCCCAGCCGUGCCUACGACCUCAACGAGCGAAUGGAGUCGCCGCUGCACAUGGCCGCCCGCGAGGGCCACUACCGGACGCGGCUGAUUUGCCGAGUGCCCCAGGCACAUUCACUGUAG